CUCGCCCCUCUCUUUAAACGCUGUAAACAAGUUUGUUCUCAUCAUUUAUUUUUAAUAAGUGUUUCUAAAUACAUUAAUUCUUUAAAGGACUUUGAAACUGAAAUACAAAUGUCCGCUUGUGUGUUAUAUAACAUGUAGGGCAAAUAGCAAUGAACUUUAACCCAGUUACGCAAAACACACAGUCAGUCAGACCCUGCUGCUGCUGCGAAGUCAAUCUGUCAGUCAGUGUCGUCGAUUAACACAAACCAGAAUAAUUUUCCCGCACUGAAAGAUGUCGUCCCGGGCCGCAGACAGACUGAAGGUGGUUUUAAAUCAUCUGGAUCGAUCACACAGUGAAAUUCGUUCGUCCUUCACCUCUGCGCAAAAUGUUUCAUAUCAUCAUCAUCAUCAUCCUCAACUCUUUAGAUACACUUUCGACACAGACAUCCUGACUCCAGAACAGAGGCAAUCUUAUGAAGACAACGGUUUCAUUCUCAUCCGAAACCUUGUGUCAGAUGAAGAUAUUGAGAAAUACAGGAAGGCAUUUGAACAGGUUUGUAAGAGAGAAGUGAAGGUCCCUGGUUUAGUUAUAAUGAAAGACGUAUCGAUCGCUAAAUCUGAGUUUGUUGAGGGUGAAAAGGCUGUGACCAAACUUCAGGACUUCCAAGAAGUUCCAGAACUCUUCCGGUAUUGCACGUUACCUCAGAUCCUAAAGUAUGUUGAAUGUUUCACUGGACCCAACAUCAUGGCCAUGCACACUAUGCUUAUCAACAAGCCACCUGAUACAGGUAAGAAGACCUCUCGCCAUCCCAUGCAUCAGGAUUUACACUAUUUCCCCUUCCGUCCUGCUGACCGCAUUGUGUGCGCAUGGACGGCAAUGGAGAAAGUGCACCGUCAAAACGGCUGUCUCGUCGUCCUACCGGGAUCACACAAAGGCACUCUACAGGAACAUGACUACCCCGAGUGGGAGGGUGGGAUAAAUAAGAUGUACCAUGGGGUGCGUAACUAUAACCCGAACCAUCCCAGAGUACACUUGGAGAUGGAGAAAGGAGAUACUGUGUUUUUCCAUCCCGUGCUGAUCCACGGCUCUGGAAUGAACCAGACAGAGGGCUUCCGGAAGGCCAUCUCGUGCCACUACGCCAGUGCUGACUGUUAUUACAUUGAUGUGAAGGGAACAACUCAGGAGAACAUCAGCAAUGAAGUUAAGGACCUUGCAUUCAAGAAGUACGGUAUUGAUUCGGUCAACUUCCAGGACACCUGGGCUUUGCGUGGACGUCUGGUUCAGGGAGAAAGAGUAUCAAUGUGAUUUGCUUGAAUCCUCACCAUUUGACUGUCUGAGCGAGAGCACAGCUGCAAUAGUUAACUGUAAUUUGUUAUUUAGUCGAUAUUUCUAUCAUGAUUUUAUGCAAAUUACAAACUCUGUCCAUCAGGUGGUGCUGUACAAUUUAAAACCUUACUUAACCUUACUAGUAAAAAAUGUUGAAGCACUGUAAGUGCCUGGAUCCUAAUUCAUAACUAUCAAAAUAAAAAUGAAUGCCAGACAUUAUAAAAUCGUUUUAAUGCUGGCAAAAUGUCUUGCAUAUUGUUAAAAAUUAACUUUAUUAAUGUAGCAUAGGUCCUGCAUUUUGCAGAUUGAAGGUAAAGUUAUGGGAGGCAAAUGUUUUCCUAUAAAAUAUGACACUAUUAUACAGUAAUUAAAAUGCUAUUUUUCUUUUCUUGACUUACAGACUAAUUUUAAAAUAAUAGAUAUAUAUAUAUAUUUUUCCAUGUACUACAUUAAAUACAUUUAAUGAGCUAA